GUCACGAGACGUCCUGUCUUCACCCAGAUCAUAACUCCUCUUUUUUUGCCGCACACACACACACAAAAAAAAAAAGCUACAAAAAUACAAUUUUUUUUUUUAGAAUUGGGUUAUCUUUCUCCUUUCUUUUUUUAAAAAACAAUACUUUUUUUUUAAGAUGAAGUUUGUUGCACUUUCGACACUCGUUACCCUUGCACUCUCCGGUGCUUGGGCUGCUGAUGUUCAAUACUCUGUUAUUGCUUUCCCUCAAGGCACUCAAGGAGUUUCCGUUUCUGUCGGUGGUCAAACUGUUGCCCUUCAAAAGAGCUCAGUGCAUCCCAACAUUUACUCUGGUUCUGCUCCCUUUGGCGAAACCUAUCAGUAUGUCAUCACUGAUGGUCAAACCAACACUGCUGAAUCUACUACCCGUAAACUCGCUCAAGGUACCACUACCACCGGUAACGAGUUCUUCAAUCGUACACAAACCGUCUACAAUGUCCCCAGCCUUCCUCAAGCUUUCAACCCUAUUUAUCCUACUUUAAUGACAAAUAUGAAUAUCUCCAAUGAAAUUGCCACCAUCAUUAUGAAUGUCAAUGCCACUGCUUUAGAUGCCUUCAUCAAGGCUCCCUUAGAGGAACAAGAUGAUGCCCAAGUCACUGAUAUUGCCUACAUCAACAGCAAGGAAGUCUAUACUUUCCAAAACGCUGGUUUGAGUACCAGUGGUCAAUCCACCAAGGACUUUUCCAAGCAAUCUUGGGCCGUUGAUCUCGGUAAAUACAACAAGAAGUCCAACACCACCAACCUUUUGUUUGGUCGUACCUCCAUUAAGCUUCGUGCAGAAGAAACUGAUGCAACACUUGCUCGUGAAAAGUUAGUUCUUGAUAUGCUUGCUGCUUCUGGCGCCGCAACCCUUUCCGGUUCUUGGACUCGUGUCUUCAUCAACAAUGAAGCUUACGGUCUCUUCUUGUUAAUGGAUGAUGCCUCUACCCAUCUCAUUGAUAACAUCCUUCACGGUGGUGACUGGAAAUCUCCCAAUACAGGUGUCACCUAUAAGGGUAAUGCUUUAACUCCUGAUAACGAAGGUAACUUGGUCUAUACUGGUGAAGAUGUCGCCAAGUACUCUCCCGAUAUCUACAAGCUCUCUGACACUGGUGAGGACAAGACUAUCAGCAAGAAGAACAACAGUCAAUCUCUUAUCAUUGAAUUCACCAAGAAGUUAAGCGAAGUCAAUGCCCAAGAUGCCACUGAUGCUGAACACCCUGGUAGCGUUGCCAACUUGCUUGACCCUCAACAUACUUUAAUUCAUCUUGCCAUCAACUACUUGAUUGGUUCUUGGGACGGUCUUUGGUAUCAAGCCUCCAACUACUACUUGAACCAAGAUUUGCUCACCAAGAAGUGGACCUUGAUCACCUAUGAUUUUGAUGAGACCUAUGGUAAUGGUGUUGAAGAUGCUGCCAUGAAUACUGUAUCUUACAAGAACUAUGCUCGUCCUGGUUCUCAACGUCCUAUUGUUGACGUCUUCUUGAACAACACUUACUACGAUGGUGUCUUCCAAAAUACCCUCAAGACCAUUGUUAAGCGUUUCUUCAAGCCUAGUGUUGUUGACCCUAUCUUGUCUGCCUGGUCUGAGAUGUUGGCUGAAGAUAUUGCCUGGACUCGUACUAUCCCUGGUAGAUCUCCCGGUGCUCAAACCUCUUUCACUGUCAAGGACUUUAAGGAUGGCUUGAACGGUAAUGGCUCUGUGAUCUCUAUCAGUAGCUGGGUUAACACUCGUGCUUCUUCUCUCACUAAACUCCUCAACUUCACUGAUACUGAUGACCUCCCUGCCUUGGCUCCUUAUACUGCUGGUACACAUUUGGAUGCUAACGGCAACGUUGUUAGUGGUAAUGGCUCCACUGUUGCUUCUGCUGGUAAGAGCGGUAAGGGUGAUGGUGUCACCCCUGGUGGAGAUGCUGCCUCCUCCGAUAAGAGUGCUGCUUCCACCACCAAGGCCACAAUUGCUUUGACCAUCGGUGCCAUUGCUCUCUCUUUCGUCCUUUAAAAAAAAAUACCAUCUAUAUUUUUUCUUCUUUUUAUCUAAUUCUCACUUUCUAUAAUAACUACCCUUCCAUCUAAACCAUUUAACUUUUUUAUUUUUUCUUUUUUUAAAAAAUAAAAAUCUAUACAUGUUCACAUAA